GGGACUUUUAUUCUGUCCUGUUCGGUUCCGUUCAUAUGGCUGACGAUGGCGAGCGGAGCUGGGCCCGUUGCUGCUCUCUGGACCGAAAUCAACCGCUGUGGACAGAAUGGGGACUUUAGCAGAGCUUUAAAAGCUGUCAAUAAAAUUUUGCAUGAAAAUAAAGAUGACGUAACGGCUCUGCGAUGUAAAAUUGUCUGUCUGAUCCAGAAUGGAGGUUUUAAAGAAGCUCUAAAUGUUAUAAACACUCACACGAAAUCUCUGAGCAGUGAUGUGAUCGGGUUUGAGAAGGCCUACUGUGAAUACCGUCUGAACAGGGUGGAGAGCGCAUUGAAAACGAUCGAGGCAAUCCCAGAACAAACAGAUAAACUGAAGGAACUCUAUGGUCAAGUGCUCUACAGACUAGAGCGCUAUGAUGAGUGUCGUGCUGUCUAUAAAGAUCUGAUCAGAAACUCUCAGGAUGAAUAUGAGGAGGAGAGGAAGACGAAUCUGUCUGCUGUGUUGGCAGCCCAGAGCACCUGGGAGAACACAGCACCGGAAGAUCUGGGUUUACCUGAAAGCUCCUACGAGCUGUGUUACAAUGCUGCCUGCUGUCUGAUUGGUCAAGCGCAGCUCAGCCAGGCCCUGACGAAACUACAGAAAGCUGAAGAGUUGUGCAGGAAGUCUCUGGCUGAGGACUCGGAUGUGAUGGAGGAGGAUAUUGACGCUGAGCUGGCCGUCAUUCACUCUCAGAUGGCUUAUGUGAUGCAGCUUCAGGGCCGAACCGAAGAUGCUCUUCAACUCUACAAUCAAGUCAUCAAACUCAAACCGUCUGAUGGGGGUCUGCUGGCUGUUACUGCCAAUAACAUCAUCACCAUUAACAAGGACCAAAACGUCUUCGACUCCAAGAAAAAGGUGAAGCUAACCAACGCUGAGGGAGUAGAGCACAAACUGGCCAAAAAACAGCUGCAGGCCAUCGAAAUCAACAAAGCCUUGCUGGCUAUGUACACUAACCAGGCGGAGCAGUGCGGUAAGUUGUUGUCGAACUUGCAGUCGCAGAACCCAGGUCACCCCAGACCGGUUCUCAUUAAGGUGGCCCAGCUGUGCCGUGAGAAGCAGCACAACAAAGCCAUAGAGCUGCUACAGCGGUUUGCGGAUCAACAUCCUGAAAGUGCGUCUGAAAUCAAACUCACGAUGGCUCAGCUGUAUCUGACACAAGGUCAUGUGACUAAAGCUUGUGACAUCCUGAAGUCAAUAGAAGACUUUAAAUACAAGCUAGGAAUGAUUUCUGCUCUGGUCACGUUGUACACGCACGAAGAAGACAUGGACAGCGCGAUUGACGUCUUCACUCAGGCCAUCCAGUAUUAUCAGACCGAGCAGCACGGGUCUGAUGCUCACCUUUGUCUGGUGCGAGAGGCUGCCAACUACAAGCUGAAGUACGGCCGUAAGAAGGAGGCGAUCAGUGACUUGGAGCAGCUGUGGAAACAGAACAAUAAAGACAUUCAUACGUUGGCUCAGCUCAUCUCUGCGUACUCACUGGUGGAUCAGGAAAAGGCCAAAGCGUUGAGUAAGCACCUUCCUUCUCCAGACUCAAUGUCUUUUAAAGUGAACGUUGAUGAACUGGAGAACUCGCACGGAGCCACGUACGUCAGGAAAAAAGCUGCUAAAGUUGUCGGAGAAACUCCACCGAAAGAGCAGGGGCCUGAAGAUGUUAAAAAGAAGAAGAAAAAGAAGAAAGGUAAACUGCCAAAGAACCACGACCCCAAAUCGACUCCAGAUCCCGAGCGAUGGUUGCCGAUGCGAGAACGCUCAUACUACCGCGGCAGGAAGAAGGGCAAGAAGAAGGAGCAGGUGGGCCGCGGUACGCAGGGCGCAACCUCAGGAGCUACUGCAGAGCUUGAUGCCAGUAAGACGGCCAGCAGUCCACCCACCUCACCUCGACCCGGCUCAGGAACAGCCAGCACCACGAGUAACGUGGUGCCUCCACGACAACAGAAACCUGCGGCACCCGGAGCUUCUCGUAAAAAAGCACCACCGAAGAAGAAAAAGGGUGGGAAAGGAGGAUGGUAGAAAGAGAGACAAAUGAUUCGAUCUGAAAUAAUUAGCUCGUUUCUUGAAGGAUUGUUUGUUUGGUUUUGAAACAUUGAAAAGCAGAGUUGUAAGGAUAAGGAUGCCACAUUCUCCUCUAGUGGUCCGGAGGAUGAAUUGUGCAAACGUUUCGGUUCUAAAAUAUGGAAGGGGUUUUCAAAGUCUAAGGAUGAGUGAUAAUGCAGGAAUCAUUUAAGGAAUCAGAUUUUUUGUCUUUUGUUUUAAUCAUUCAGUCCAUUGUGCAUUACUGUAACUGUAAGGGCAUUUUUUAUAUCUGCAUUACAAGUUUAUUUUUAUUUUUUCUCCUUAAUUUUAUUCCUGCUUGAUAAAUGUUGGCUCGAGUAUAAGACAAUAUUAUAAUUUUACAAUAGAGGCUCUGUCAAAGUAUAAAUAUUUAUUUUUAAACUCCUGAAUACAAAAACUCAUUCCUAAUUUUAAUUUUGGACAAAAAUCCAUCAGAAAACGUGAAACCCAGCCUUAAUAAAAAGAUUCCUGAAACAGU